CGCAGUGUCACAGUCUGACGUGGUACUACGGCGCCUAUACGUGUGUUUAUCUCUUACACCUGACGGUGUGUUCCUUUCUCAGUGCCUCUGAUCACGACGACUUCGACUAAAGACCAGCGACUCUCCCGCUUUAUGGAAACCGAGGCUGUGCGCUCUGUCGUGGUCAUGCUGCCUCCCAAGAACUGCCUCACGAGGAACUACAGCUGCAUAGCUGGGUUGUUCGGGAGCUUGGCAGCAGACCCGAGACUAGAAGACGUGGAGGGGAUGGAGCUGAACGGAACCAGCGAGCCCAUCGAGAUGCACCAUGUGGUGGAUGAGAGACCAAGAGGCCGGGAAUCCUUCCUCAAACCCCCGCAGAGUCCGAACCUGCGCCGGAGGUGCAAGUCUCUGCCGACCCCCAUAGAGAGAGCGAAGCUUGAGAUCUCCCGCAGCCGGAGUCCCUGCAGCCAGAAAAAGGUCCGUUUCGCCGACUCUCUGGGUCUGGAGCUCACCUCUGUGAAGCACUUCAAUGACACAGACAUGCCCGAUGUGCCGGAGCGCAUAAUGGCCACAUUCGACAGGGGUCCCCUCCACCUGAACCCCUUUGACAAGUUCCCCAGGGCACCGACCAGCCAGUCAAUUUUUAUGGAGCUGCAAUUCAAGAACCCCGGGACCCUACCAGGCUUUACUGAGAAAGUGAAAGAAGUGAAAGUGUUGUUGGAGUGUGCUGAAGCCGACGAGUUCAGUCUGUCGGGCGUCGUGCGGGUUUUGAACAUGGCUUUCGAGAAAAGUGUCUAUUUGAGGUUCUCAAUCAACAACUGGAUAACCUUCAUGGACAGUCUGGCAUCAUAUGUCCCAGAAUCAAGCAACGGCGUGACAGACAAAUUCUCCUUUAAGAUAAUCAACCCAACAACGUUUCUGGAGAGCGGAGGCACAUUCCAGUUUGCCAUAAGAUACUGCGUUGGUGGAGAUGAGUAUUGGGACAAUAAUAACGGGGUCAACUACAAAGUGCGACGCCACAGGUUUAAGAUUUCUCCACCCCGUGAGUGGGAGGAUGGCUGGAUUCACUUCAUCUAACCUGCAUGCGCCCUUGGCGUUCUCACCGGCGCACUGUGUGUGUAAAUCUCUCAACGGGCACUGCUUCACCAUAAUGAAGAAUAGGGCUACCAUCGACUUUAGCCUCUACACAUUGUGUUAAUGAUCCAACCGCCGUGUCCAGCUGUAAACUCAGUCGUUUUUUACAUUUUUUUCCCCCCACCACGCUCACAAUGGUUUUCUUUCAUGUCAUCAUGUUUGACAGAUUUUGACUGGAUUGAAAGACAAGCCCUUCAUUAUGUGUCCGGCGCGGGAGUAAAUCUGCUGUAUGAUAAUUAGCCUUGGUGUUGGGAGCUUUGUAGUCCUGUGCCCUUUGGUGUGGCACAACUAUACUCUUAUGUAAUGACACGUGCCAUUGAAAACGUGCCAGGAAUAUACCCCAUUUAAGCAUCACUAUCCCUCUCUAAAACGUAGCGAUGCUCGAUUCCAUCCCCACCUUUGACUAUUUUAUUAAACAUCUUGUGCGAUGUCUUAAAUGUCAACGACUGCUUAUAAAAAAACGGAGGAAAAUGGUUAUGAAAAAUUCUAAGACAGCUUCCCGCACGUCUUAUCUUUGUUUAUUUCCGAUAGCAUGGGACUGUGCUCACGUGCAUCCCCCUGUGUACCCUUCAUGCCGGAUUUCAAUCCGAUUCUCUCUCAUCUGAAAACUCCAGCGGAUGGGGCAGGCCGAGGCCCAGUCACAACAAUAUUCGUACUGGACCAACAAAGGAAAUAUCAAAUUGUAAUUUAUCUUACCAAUUCCUCAUCUUUUCAUCUUCUUGGAUAUGCCUUAUAAUGCCCCUUAUAACUAACGGGGAACGCUGCUGUGAUUUUAUCCUGAUCAAUAUUGGGUGUAUUCAGUUUUAUAACUAUUUGAACAUGAAUAUUUAAAUGUUGUGGAAAUUAUUAAACCCUCUCUAUAACACUGCUCAACAAGAUGAUGUUAGAAAAAGGAAAUCAUCCCACGAGCCUUGUUCGCUGGUUAUAAAUGCACCAUAAUGUUUUCUCCAGAGGAUGGUAACCAAUAGCAGGAGAGUAGACUGUGGGUCAGAGUGGAGCCCUACAGUCUAGAAGUAGGCUAGCCUAUUAGGAUGCUUUGGUAUAACCCCCAAACAUUUAACAUAAUAACAUGUGGAUCUUUACCACUCUCAAAUGACAAAUAAUGCAUAACGCUAUAUGCAUUAUUUUAAACUAGAGGACAUGUAUAUUUGACCAAAAAAACUAUUGUACAGAACAUUUUGUUCAGGAUCUUAUACUAGAUUUUUCUCUGCAGUGCAGUCUGCAUGUGUCUAAUUGAUUUCCAGCACCACUAAUCACAGAUCUGCCUAAACUUAAUGGCAUUACAGGUGAUAUUUUACAACAUUCCUGUUGUUACACUCUUGAUCUCAACCAGUCACAAUAAUUCACCAGGUGUCUUGUAAACAACAGUUGAGGAUAGCUCUAACCCCAAGGUCCACUGCAGAGUCAGUCACCACUGCCUCACUCAUACAGUAUCCACAUGGAUAGUACUCCAUUUUAUAACUGUUAUUACACAAUGAUAAAUUACAGAGACAGAUACUGUUGGACUUUUGUUUCUGUUCCUUGUUGGACCUGAAAUGCAACUGUUGCUCUUGAAAAUGAUACAUUUACCUCAGAUCGUUUCUAGAGUGCGGACCUGACGAUCUUCCCAAAAAAAUCCAGGUUUUUCUCCUUUUAUUCAGGUUGAACAAAACAAAACAUUAUUUUUUUAUGAAAUACAGUAGAACCAAAAUAGUCAAACUCAUGCCAUUUUUUUAAACACACCCAGUCCAGUAAAACAGUAGCAUUUCAUUGUCAGUAUUUUGUAAAUAACUUCCACUGUGCAAUGUUGUAUUUUACAGUAGAACUAUGGUGAUGACAGCAUCUGAACUACUUUUACUGAUUUCAAAGUCGUAAUGUUAGACUUGGCUGAUGAUAUAGAAAAGAGCCGUGUUUGGUAGGAGUACAUAUCGUACAGUUGAUGCUAUUGUAUUGGUUCUUCAUGCUGAACUCAUUUGUUGGCACAUUGGCAUCACAUAAUGCAUGUGUUAAACUCCUUCCACUGAGGGCAGAGUGUCGGCUGGUUUUUGCUCCACCCUUGUAGUUUAUUGAUGAAUUAAGGUCAAUGACUAAUAAGGAACUCCUCUCACCUGGUUGUCUUUGACACCCCUGACAUGAGGUGAGAGACCUCAUUAUGGAUGUCAAACUAAACUUAGGUUAUGUAACUCAACAGCCACAUUACACAAAUGGUUUGUCUAUUUGUGUACUGGAUGUACAGCAUGUUUACAUUCAAGUUUGUAUUUAUUUGGGUUAUAAUUUAUGGGAGUUUUCUAUGACAUGAAUGCUUGGAAUGAAUCAAUAUUUUGUUUUUAUUAGGACGCCUCUGAGAGAUCAGCAACUUGGAGAUGUAUCUGUUUAGAAAAUGGAAUGCAUCUCUGAGACUAACAGAUGUAGUUAUGUAAUAUAGUUAGUUACUGUUGUCUGGCUAUGGUGGUCAGUAAGAAAAGCCUGUGUUUACAUGAACCAGGACUUGGAGUGAGCUUGGCCAGACUAUUCAACCCUUGAGAUUGAAAAUGGAAAAUUUCUACUCAUGUGACCACUGAGCAUGUCCAAAUGACUCAUACAUUUAGCAGAGUGGUUUGGUUUCCAGAGUCCAGCGGUUGGCUCUUUCUAAUCUCCAUGGGAAAUCCGUAGAGCCUGGUUGGACCAAAAUAACCAAAUUUAUAGUCUCACGUCCACCAUGACAUUAACCGACCUCUAGGGCUGCACGAUAUUGGCAAAAACAUCUAACAGCGAUUUUUAUUUUUAACAAAUAUGGCUAUUGCGAUUUAAAGUGUGAUGAAGAUCAAAAUAUUUGGGUGAACUGUUGGAAUCAUAGAAAUAUAUUGAAUUAUAUUAAGAAGCAAGUGGAAAGCAGCAUCGUUCUUGUUUUGGAACAAUUUGUUGACUGCAUUGACCAAACGGAACAACAUGCAAAUUUAUAGUCAAUCAUCUAACAGCGAGGGGGAGGAACGGCGCUGUUUGAGUGACAGGGGGCGAGGCUUAGUGUGUGUGCGAAGCAUCCGCAAGAGGCGAAAAAAAACGUUAACUCUAAAACCUGAAGUUACUCAAGGCUGAGAUGCGUUUCAAAUAUAUUGCAUAUGAUAUGGUUAUUUUGCAAUAUGGAUAUUGCACAUGUCAAUAUGUGAUUUCGACGUGAAUUCGAUUAAUUGUGCAGCCCAGUCUUGAGUUGAGACAUGACCAUUGGUUGACAGCUGGUUGGCCUCACUGUGUUCAGAAACAUGCUGGUCUGUGCAGUCAGUGAGUUCAACACACGGCAGCUGUAUCUCCACAAAGACUACUGUGGUUAACAAGAUGUCACGCCUUGUCAGAGAUUGUUUUAUGUUCUUAAGUCUGAUGAAAUAUAAUGGUUAUUUUUCCUCAUGUAGCUUUUGCUUAUGAUUUCUGUUAACUGUAAAUAUUCUCUCAAUAAGUGUACAUGUAGUACAGUAUGAUUUCACUCAUGAAUUGUUUCAAUCAUUUAAUCAUUUCAAACAUUUAACUUUGUGAAUAUGUCAUGGAGGUAAAGAUGUUUUAUAGGGGAAGGAUGAAAGGCUUCCAGAAACAGACAGUAUGGGGUUUGUCAACACAAUGUAACCACAUUUUAUGAUCACUAGCUGAUGUUUAUCUGUUUUUAUGUGUCACAUAUUGAAUGUCUUUCUGCUAACAUAUUAUGGAGUGUAAUAGCAUUUCAAAAACAGAAUUGCAAGCAGUGGAUGCAUACCCAACUCAGAACUACAAAGUAACUCCAAAUAUACAUGUACAAUAGCAAUCCAAUCUAAAAACGAUCUGAACAAAAUAGAAUUUCAGGAAAUGUCCUUUAAAACUCCGAUACGCCACUGAACCUUAUGCCAAAAUGCGGGCGUGGUCCCAGGAAUGAUAGGCUUAUUGUAUAAGGUGUGACUGAAGAUGGUUCCAUUGCCUUAUGUUUAGAGUUCAUACUGAAAUGAACACAUAAGAGGUCUAAGCUGUGAAGGGAUGUUAUGGUAGGUUGAUCAACAUGUGAUAAUAGGUCGAGCAGUCAAAUCAUACUGGACAGUAUGUACUGGGGCUAACCUGAGGGGGUCUUUAGGCUAAAUAGUUGCAUGCAUGCCACUAAAGACAACAUACACUUUGGAGUAUCUGAAAAGUCUGAAAGGAGUGACUAAUGAUUGUAAUAUUGAGCUACUCAAAGUUCAUAGUACACUUUGAGAAGGAAAGUAGAAAAGCUAGGAAAAGAGGCAUGAUUUGGUUUGGUAUGCCUCUUCCGACUUAACACGUAUUCCUGUGAAAUGCUACUUACCAAGAUGUUCUCCAUGUUUCAUACACAGCUUUCUCUCUCACUGUGAAAUGUUAUACAUCUGAAAUAGGUUAAAUCAAGUUCACUUUACUCAUAUGUGGAGUGGAGGAAGUGAAUUUCCCUUGGUUUGACCUAUAAGGUUAUCAGUAUUCUUCUUUUGAACCUAUGCAAACCUUAGUACUGCAAUCCAUGAUCUGUCUGUGUUGAUGUGUCUUGGUGUCCGGCGUGUUGUUUGGCGCUAAUGUUUAUCACUGUAGUCUGACUGUUUGCAUGCACGGCAGAAGUACCCCUGUUAUUUUUAUGGUGAGUUUGUAAUGUAGCCUAUAUUUUAUUAAAACAACGGCAAUAAAGGCCUUUGUGAUGGGUAA